AAGAAUGUCCCACUCUUGUCAGACGUUGAUAACGUAGUACCCGAGUACCAUUCGCUCCACAUUAGAAACUUUCAUUCAUGCUAUCGAUGUGUACUAAGGAACGACCGAGAUACGCGAAAACAAUGCGUACUUAUUAAGGUACCGAUUAAUAUACGACGCGCUUGAUGGUACUUAUUUAAAUUCAAUUUCAAAAACGUUUUCGGCGCAUAACAGUGAUUGGAAAAAUUCGGUUAAUGCUUGUGCUCAAUUCGGUGUAAAGUGCCAGUGAAAUGUGGUAGAAACUGUAAAAACAACAGCUUGUGUUCAGUGAAAAUUUGUGAAAAUUCUGUAAAAAGACAAUGCUGAAGGAACCCAAAAAAGGAUUAAUUAGCCUUUCAAUUUUCACUCACUUAGGCCGAGUGUUUUAACUGGUUUUGUUUCGAUUUGGAAAAGUACAAUGUUGAUUGCAACUCCAUAUAGAGACUUCGAUGUGCGAGAUAGAAUCCCUCCGAAAGUUAUAGCCGAAGUAAGAAAGACCUAUUUGAGUUCAACGGUGAAUGGUAUGCAGCUUCGUUUAUCAGCCAAUUUGCUCGUCAAGUAUCCCACAGAACGACUCUGGUAUUCCCGAAGAGUGCAAGUUAAAUCCGGCCAAUUGUUGGUCUCAUCGGCUCAGAAAACCGAUCUUCCUUUAAGGAUACCGCUGAGAAAUCUGAGUCUUCAAGCUGGAUCCACUAUUCAUAGUUUGUCGAUCUGUCGUGGCCAAAAUAUUGUCUUAACGCUACAGAUGGCCGAUGAAACCUCCUUCGACAGAUGGGUGAAAACUCUGGCUAUCGAACUGAUCCGCCAAACUCCUCUGGACGCGAUCAAAUACCUGGAUAUCCUCACUUUGGCCAAAUGUUGGAGCAGGAUAGAAAGGAAGUGUGCCAAAGACCUCAACGACAACAACGUCAUCCUGCAAAGAGAUUCUGAGAACAACCAGAGAGUCGAUGAAGAAACGCGACUUGUUCCAGGCUGCUGUGAGAAAUUCCCGUUGAAAACGGGAAAUGUUGCCAAAGCAAUUUCGAAGAAUAAUAGCUCAGAAGUGCGACCGAAUGAUCCUGAAGAGGUGGUUGAAUCAUUGCUGAAGAAAUGCCAGAACGUUGAAACUUAUGUGCCAGUAAAGGAAAAGCUGUUCUUGUUCGAGUCCUUGUGUAAGAUGGGAAGAAAAGUGCGCAGCUCGGAAGAUGUUUCUUUGAAGCCGCAAAAAUCGACCACCAAGAGAGCUAAAUCUUGCCAUGAUUUGAGUAGCUUGAAUACCCAAAUAGCUGUAAGGGAAAUUUGCAAAUACUUUGAAAAGAAGGGAACUGGAGAUGAACUAAAACAUGCAUGAGUUCGAUUGGAGAAAUGUUAAACAGUUUACCUUAAGUGUGAUACAUUUUAAUAUCUCUAACUUUAGUCAUUAGAAUACUUAACUUUGUGGCAUUAAGCUUUAAAGGAUGUCCCAAUGAGUAUUCAGUUAAUAGUUUAAAAUAUUAUUUAAAUACAUCCAAUAUUAAUAACAUAUACUUGAAAUGUUAUUUAUUUUAUUUUAUGAUUUUGUUUUUAUAUAAGACUAUAGUAUGUGAUAUUAGGUAUUUUAAGAUAGCUAUUGUAUGGACAUAAAAUUUGUUUUGCAAAACAUUUUAUUUUAUUAUAUGAAUUGUUUAGUAGCAUU